UGAUGGUUUCCUGCGGGUGAGGCCGCCCUCCCGCACGCCUCAGGCGGCAGGAGCCGGGUCUGAACCUCAUUCGCACCAAACACCAAACUAUCAGUAAAAUUAUCACCGGAUCACCCGGGACCUCGUUAUAGCCGAGCUCCUGAUAGGCGCUAGAGAAAUUCAUAAUUCAACACUUUGCUGUGGCCUCAUCGUUGUAGAAUUACAUUGUAGCUUUGGAGUAAUUCCGUUGUCGUGUUUUAAGUUAGUUUUCACAAGGGAACGGUUUCUUGCUUUUAAUGGGCAGUUGUUCAUUAUGUGACAGAGUUAAAUAUUGUUCACUUUUUCUUGAGGUUUAUUAAUAACAUGCCUCACAGAAAGAGGCCAUUCGCCCAUUGCCCCAGUGCUGGAUCUUUAAAGAAGUUAUCCCGUCACCUCUCUCCUCAAUGUUGUAAUGUUUAACCUCGAUCUGUUUUAUAAAAAUGCGGAUUGUGGAUGAUGAUGUGACCUGGAAGACCCUUGCGAAGGAGAAGGAGAAAGAGGCUGUAUUAGAGGCAGCAGAGGAUGAGGAUGAUGAAGCCCCUGUGGUGGCAGAGUUCAUUGAUGAAAGGCCUGAAAUCAUUCAACAAAUGGAGGAAUUCCGCCUGAGCAAUAAGUGGAAAAUUUUAGGAGAUGAAAAGGAAGAUUCCCAAGAUCCCGAUGUGUUCCUACACACAAGUCGAGAUGGUUUCAUACCAGGUUCUGUGCCUGCACAAAGAAAAAGGAUUGAAGCUGGACCUCAGAUUUCUGAGAGAAAAAUGAGGAGAAUUUCCCCUGACCUUUCACCUCCCCGACAGGGUCGCCAUGAUUCUCCUGACCUUUCACCUCCCUGGAGGGGGCGCCAUGAUUCCCCUGACCUUUCACCUCCCCAGCAGGGGCACCACGAUUCUCCUAACCUUUCACCUCCCAGGAGGGGGCGCCAUGAUUCUCCUGACCUUUCACCUCCCAGGAGGAGGCGCCACGAUUCCUCUGACCUUUCACCUCCCCGGCAGGGGCGUCACAAUUCCCCUGACCUUUCACCUCCUGGGAGUGGGCGUCAUGAUUGUCCUGACCUUUCACCUCCCAGGAAAAGGUUUUCUAAAAACACAGAGAAACGUAUCACAUCUACAGAUCUGCCUCCUAGAAGAACUCGUAAUAGUUCCCCUGACAUAUCACCAGCUCAUUGUAAACGUCACGACUCCUCAGAUUCUUCGUCGGCUGGGAAUGCUGCACACUCUUCUGACUCUGAUUUGUCUCCUCCUCGGAAAAGACAAGAUAGUUCCUUGGACUCCCAGUCAACUGCAACAAGGAGGGGAGCUAACACACAAGAUUUGUCCCCCGUUAAACAAAAGAACAGGAGAACCACUGGGUCUCCAAGGAGAUGGCAGCACCCUGAUUCUGACCUUUCACCUCCACGAAAGAAGUGUCAGCAUUCUUCUGACUCUGACUUGUCGCCACCACGGAGGAAGAGGCCAGAGGCAUCCAAUACAGAAUAUAAACUCUGCUCAAACGGCUCUGAACUGUCACCUACUGGCCACAGACUGCCUUCCAGGAAGCUGGUUUCCUUGAGAGGACAAGGGGCCAGCUGGGACAUGAGUCCAAGCAGAAAGUCAAAAGGGAAUGAGAUGCUUUCAGGGGGUCAGACUGGCCUGAUAUCAACAGAUAUUCUGAGGAAAGAGAAAGAACAUCGGAGGCAGAAGGAGCGAGCAUCAGAACAUUUGGCAGAUGAUUCGAGGCAUGCUGCUACUAUCUUCCGAGACAGAUCAGGAAAAAAGAGAGACUUAGACCAAGAGCGAAUCGAGCAUAAGAAGAAGGAAGAAGAGAAAGCGGCAAAGCAAGAAAAAUACGCCCAGUGGGGCAAAGGAGUCGCUCAGGAGGAGCAGCAGAGAAAGAAUGUCCAGGAUGCUCUUCAUGAGAUGCAGAAACCACUUGCUCGGCACAUUGAUGACGAGGACCUAGAUCGCUUCCUUCGUGAGAAACAGCGAGAUGGAGACCCAAUGGCUGGCCUUCUCAGGAAGAAGAAGGAGAAAGAAGCCAAGAAUAAAAAUGCAAGACCAGUAUAUAGUGGCCCUGCACCCCCUCCAAACAGAUUUAAUCUCCAACCUGGGUAUCGCUGGGAUGGUGUCGACAGGUCGAAUGGCUUUGAACAGAAACGUUAUGCAAGAUUAGCAGAUAAGAAGGCUGUGCAGGAGAUAGCGUACAAAUGGAGUGUGGAGGAUAUGUAAAUUGCUGUUUGAGACUCAAGUCGAUGCACACUCCUUCAGACUGAGUUCCUGAGGCUCUCUGUGCAAUGAAACAGACAAAACCUUUCCUGAAACUGAGGGAUCUGAAUAUCUGGGAACAAUUGAGAAAACGAAAAUCUUUUUAUUCUUGUUUGUUAACAUUCUGUUCUUUUUGAGUAUAAACUUUGUACUGUGUGAGUAA